AGGGCGGGGUGGGACCGGGCUGCGAGGUGCCGCCGCAGCCAGCCGGUCGGGAACGCGCGGGGAGCUGGGUGACUGAGACCCCGGGUGAGAGCCGCUUACCUGCAGUCGUCGCCCACAGCUGGGCCGCCACCAUGGCGCUUCUGCUGCGUUUCGUGCUCCUGUGCGGAGUCGCGGAUUUCGCCAGAAGUUUGAGUAUCACUACUCCUGAACAGAUGAUUGAAAAUGCCAAAGGGGAAACUGCCUAUUUGCCGUGCAAAUUUACCCUCAGUCCGGAAGACCAGGGACCUCUGGACAUCGAGUGGCUGCUAUCACCAGCUGAUAAUCAGAAAGUGGAUCAAGUGAUUAUUUUAUAUUCUGGAGACAAGAUUUAUGACGACUACUAUCAAGAUCUCAAGGGACGGGUACAUUUUACAAGUACUGAUCUCAAAUCUGGUGAUGCAUCAAUAAAUGUAACAAAUUUACAGUUGUCAGAUAUUGGCACAUACCAGUGCAAAGUGAAAAAAGCUCCCGGUGUUGGAAAUAAGAAGAUUCAGCUGACAGUUCUGGUUAAGCCUUCAGGUACAAGAUGUUACAUUGAUGGAUCAGAAGAAAUUGGAAGUGACUUUAAACUAAAAUGUGAACCAAAAGAAGGUUCGCUCCCAUUACGAUACGAAUGGCAAAAACUGUCCAACUCGCAGAAACUGCCCACCUCGUGGUUACCAGAAAUGACUUCACCUGUUAUAUCCGUAAAAAAUGCCACUACCGAAUACUCUGGGACAUACAGUUGUACGGUCAAAAACAGAGUGGGCUCUGAUCAAUGCCUGCUACGCCUGGAUGUUGUUCCUCCGUCAAAUAGAGCUGCGACCAUCGCAGGAGCCGUUAUAGGGAUUUUGCUUGCGCUAGUGCUCAUUGGUCUUAUCGUCUUUUGCUGUCGUAAAAAGCGCAGAGAAGAAAAAUACGAAAAGGAGGUUCAUCAUGAUAUCAGGGAAGAUGUUCCUCCUCCAAAGAGCCGUACGUCCACUGCCAGAAGCUACCUCGGCAGCAAUCACUCAUCCCUGGGAUCCAUGUCCCCUUCCAACAUGGAAGGGUAUUCCAAGGCUCAGUAUAACCAAGUGCCAAGCGAAGACUUUGAACGUGACCCUCAGAGUCCGACUCUCCCAACUGCUAAGGUAGCUGCCCCUAAUCUCAGUAGGAUGGGAGCGGUGCCCGUGAUGAUUCCAGCACAGAGCAAGGACGGGUCCAUAGUGUAGAGCCUCUGUACCCUUCAUCUGUGCUCUCCUCUUGAGAUGUGAACACCUGUUUUAAUUUUUGCUACCAGCCUCAAAAAUAUAUAUAUAUAUAUAUAUAUAUAUAAAGUUAACCAAAAACUGUAAGAAUAAUACUUCAAAAAGUUUUGUUUGGUUAUACUGAAAUAGUAAAGGCAUUAAAGUUCUAAGGACAAAUUCACCAUCUAAAUAAUAUUUCCUUUAAGAGCUUGACUUUAUAGGUUUCUGACUAUCAAUACUUAAGUCAGGUGUGGCACUUUGAAUAUGAGAUCAUAGGUGAAGAAAUAAAUUGGUGAACUUACAUGCAUACCAAGUUGAUACUUGAAUCAUCUGAAAGUGGUACUUUGUAAUUUCUGUUAUUUUUAUAUUGCUUUUUUCAAUUAACUUAUGACCCAGUAGUGUCCCCACCCCACCCCCUGCCAAAAUUGGUAAAGAAAGAUUCAUGGCAAAAAUACUUAAUGUAGAUUUAUGUUUGUUCUUGUUUUUGCUUCUUUGAAAACUCUAAAUGUGUUUGAAGAGUCUCUAAUAACUAGAAAACACUACUAGAAGUCACUAGUUCUGAGUAAUUCGUAAACCUUGUAUAUGAAAUGGCUUAAGUAUUUAAUUGCUAGAUUGCUGUUGGCAGCAGGGACAUAUAAGCUCUUUUGUAUGCUAAAAUAAAGGAGCAUUUAUCUGAUUCAUUUAGAAAAUGUGUUGUCAGCUACAUAUAGCGAUGAUGCUAGUGGCGGAGUUGUGAGGAUGAAUUUUGUUGAUGUUCCAAUGCCCUGAGGCCUGUGGUGGUCUUCAGAACAGUGACCUGCUAUCAAGGAAGUGUAGAAUUUUGCAAUUCCCAAGAAAAUGCUGGUCCUCCACUUUAGGUGAUAGUUUUCUAAAAAGAAAAAAUGAUAAAAUUAUAACUCAUUUAUUAUUUGACAAUUACAGGCUGUAAUUUCGUAAUUAUUGGUUCUAAAUUUAAAUUUUUUUUUCCUGGUUCAGUGUUUUGUUUUUGUGAUGGUGUUGUACAUUAUAUGUUCUAGAAAUGUAAUCUUAAAUUACCCUCUUGAAUGCAGUUCCUGGAGGAUAUUUUCUUCAUAGACUUAGAAUGAUGAAAUACACUUUAAACUAGUAAGUGUCCUCUAUCAUUUCUGUGUUUCAGACUUGGGAGGAUGUACAGUUGCUAUUGUAUGGCCAGCAUGUCUUGUGUAGUUGCAGAAAAUUAAGCUGAGCUUUGAAAAGUUUGUCUUAGUUUUGUGGAAGUGACUUAAUCUUUAAAAAAAAAAAAAAAAGAAGAAGAGAAA